AUGAGUAAUUCAAUCGAUGAAACUACUACUACGAGUGCAGCGACAGCGGCUACUACUACUAUACCACAACCAUCAAGUCGAUGGGGUAGAUUAUUCCAAUUUGCCAGCAAACCACAAGGCACAAAAGAUUCGGCGUUUAUGUCAUGGAAUUCUCAUCUAAGUUCAUCCUGGGAUCAAAUUGCGAAAUUAGAAACAUUACAAUCUAAAGUAAUGGAUCAGGUUCAGGUAGAAGGCACAAAGGAAAACAGCAUGCUAAACAACGAAUUAAAUCAAUGGAGUUUCCAUAAUGAAAAUACAUCUCAGAUAACAACCCCGACUUUAUUACUACAUGGAUACGCCACUUCAUCCAUAGCAUUUUUCAGAACAUUCGGUCCAUUAUCAAAACAAAUCCGAGACCUCUACGCUAUAGAUUUCCCAGCUAAUGGUCUCUCCAAGGCACCACCAUUGAACGUAAACCACCUAAAGAAACAUACCCCAUAUAAGGUUAAGUUCAAAGACGAUAACACGAAAUUUCAAAUCUCUCACACGGUUGAUGUUCAGUUGCAAAAGGAAACCAUUGAACACUACGAAAAUUAUUACCUAGACGCUGUGAGAAAAUGGCAAUUAACCAACAAGAUUGAAAAAUUCAACCUCGUAGGACAUUCAUUCGGUGGAUAUUUCGCGUACAAGUAUGCGUUACGAUAUCCUGAUUCUGUUGAUAAACUUUGUCUUGUGUCUCCAUUGGGUGUCGAAAGGAAUAUUUAUUCAGUGAAUAAUAAUUUUGAAGAUAAGAAAGUGUAUAAUUUGGAAUUAGAAGAUCCCACUUCGAAAUAUUAUGGGAGGACGUUCCAAAUUCCCAAGUGCUUGUUUGAGGGCCAGUUCGAUAUAUUGAGAAAGUUCGGCCCCCUAGGCCCAAGAUUUACUUGGAAUUAUAUUAAUUCUUCUUAUAGACGUGUUCCCUCCAUGGAGUUUAAAGAAUAUAUUUUUGAAUUGUUGUACGGGAAUAGGAAGACGUCCCCGAUAUUAACGGAAGUUUUCUCCAAUAUCGUUUCAAGGAAUUUAUUAGCAAGAGAUCCUAUAUUGGAUUCGAUAGAUGAAUUGAAGGCUUCAAAUGUGAUGUUGAUGUAUGGGCAAGAGGAUUGGAUGAAUAGUCAAGCUGGUUAUCUAAUGGUGAAGGAAUUAAAUGAAAUACGGGAGAAUCCCAAUGCGGCUUCAUAUGUAGAGGUUCCUAAUGCUGGCCAUAAUUUAUUCUUAGAUAACCCUGAUUUCUUUUGUUCUUCAUUGACAAGAUUCUUAAAAGAGUAA